AUGCCCUCAGAUCAAUGUUGCAGACUGUCCAUGACAUUGGGCCAAGACUCGUUUGCAUUAAACUCACAAAAGUCAACGACUCAAGUCUUUGGCACAAUAUACCUUACUUCCGAAUCAACACGUUUCAAAGCUCCAUCGUGGACACAAAUACGGCUAGUAGGCAAAGAAAGAGUUGCAAGUACUAGUAAGACGUUCCUUGACGACACCUACCACUUGUCGAAUCAGCCAAGCGAUUGGGUCUCUGUAACAAGCAAAGAGUGGCGUUUGCCGUUUAUUCUAACAUGUAUUCCAAACAGUAUACCCAAUUCGUUUCACAUGGAAACCAGCACCGCAUCUGCCUACAUUUACUACACCCUGAUUGUCACCAUAUCCGCUUGCAUAGAUCAAAAAUUACUGCAGCCUAUCCAUUUUCAUCGAACGUGCUAUCCAGAUGCUGCUCAACCGUCGAUGGCACUGCCAAAAAGAACAUUUUGGGGAAUUACAAACCAGUCCAAACAACAACGAUGGCAAUACGAACUAGAGUUUCCAAACACACUACAUGUCGAGACUGCAUGUGAAAGCAUAUCCAUACGGCUCAAGUCCUUGUUUCCGUCGCAAAAGAGCGAUUGCUGUCUUGUGGGCUAUCAGAUCAUCCAGCUGGUGCAUUUGGUGGGCCAAGAAGAAAAAGAAGAGUUUAGAAGCCAGCAUCAAGUGUUAGCCACUGGUACUUGUUUGCUGACACUGCCCAACAAAACCUGGUCUCAGCCUUGCCAACUCACGCCUGCUUUGGACUCUACCACCGUGCUACCAACCAUGACGGAGAGCCAACGAAUAGCAGUGGAGCAUUACAUAAGAUUCACGUUUGCAUUCUGCAAUUUGCAAGAGGAGCAUCAAGAGAGUUUGGAGUUUCCAGUCAACAUGACGGGAUGUACCGCUUCAAUGAUAUCGAGCCACAUGGACCACAUACACAUGUUGGAAACAAACAGCACCUCUUGCAAUGCUAGUGUAGAUGACGAGAUAGAUAGUGCCAUUGAUGUAUCAUCUUUCAAGUCAUCCUGCUCUGGUAACAAUUACCUCAUAUAUCGAUUCCAGGAAUUUGUUUCAAAUUAA